AUGGUUGGUCUUCGCAAGGUCGAGGACAGGCCUACGCCGUCCGCCGUCUACAACUGGCGCGUCUACCUCUGCGCCAUCGUGGCCGCCACUGCUGCCAUCGUAAGUCUUGUGUUCUGAUAGGGCACUUCGCGGGACGACUGGCCGCAUUUUAACGCCGCCUCGCGCCGCCGCCGGCUCGCCUCGGUUUUUUCUCGGCGACCGAGUCCGACCUGACUGGCCAGAUCGCGGUCUUUAUAGCCACGGCGCAGUGGCGAACCUUUCAGUCUGCUGACAUGCAAUGGCCCCUGCACCUACAUAGAUGAUCGGUUAUGAUUCGGCCUUCAUCGGUACCUCGAUCGCCACCACGGCUUUCAAGAAGGAAUUCGGGCUUUUGGCUCCGAAGACCUCGGCGGCCCGCUUCGCCACCAUCUCGGCCAACAGUGAGUUUUCGGUCGGCGGUGGUCUUUUCUUUUCAAAUUGACAUCGAGGUUGUGGAUGCUGACUAUGGAACUAUGGAACCCCCCCCCCCCCUACCCUGCCAUCCAGUUGUGUCGACAUAUCAAGGUGGUUGCUUCUUCGGUGCUUUGUUGGGCUACCCUGCUGGUGUCCUCCUCGGCCGCAAGUGGGGAUUGCUCCUCUCGGCUCUCGUCUUCUGCUUGGGUGCAGGUGUUAUGCUUGCCGCCGACGAUGGCGCUCGCGGUCUCGGUCCCAUCUACGCUGGUCGUAUCGUCGCUGGUCUCGGUAUCGGUGCCGCUUCCAACUUGACGCCCCUAUACAUCUCCGAAAUCGCUCCCCCCGCGAUCCGUGGUCAGCUUGUCGGCAUGUACGAGUGCGGAUGGCAGAUCGGUGGCCUAGUCGGCUUCUGGAUCAACUACGGCAUCUCCAAGCACAUCCCUGUCUCGAACAAGCAAUGGAUCAUCCCCUUCGCCAUCCAGCUCCUCCCCGGUGGUCUUUUCGCGAUCGGUAUCCCCUUGUUCAUCAAGGAGUCCCCACGUUGGCUCCUCUCGAUCGGUCGUCGCGAUGAGGCGAUCAAGAACUUGUGCUACCUCCGCCAGCUGUCGCCUGAGGAUCCUUACAUCAUCGAAGAGGUCAACAUGAUCGACAUCCAGAUCCAGCACGACAUCGCCGCCGUCGGUGAGGGCUUUUGGGCUCCCUUCCGCCAAGUCUUCACCCGCUGGGACCUCACCAAGCGCCUGCUCAUCGUCACAACCUUGUUCGCUUUCCAAAACGGUACCGGUAUCAACGCCAUCAACUACUACUCGCCCACCAUCUUCAAGUCGAUCGGUAUCCAGGGCUCACAGACCGGUCUCCUCACCACUGGUAUUUUCGGUGUCAUCAAGACCAUCGGUGGCUUCGCGUGGACUUUCCUCAUCAUUGACCACUUCGGCCGACGCGGUAUCUUGCUCGUCGGAGCGAUCGGUGGUGCCGCUGCCAUGGCCGUCAUCGCUGGCUACAACCACAUCGGUGACCCCGCCAACCACCCUCGCGCCUCGGGUGACCUGCCCGCCGGUGAUCUCGCCGCGAUGGUCUUCUUCUACGUCUGGACCGCAUUUUACGCCGUCUCGUGGAACGGAACUCCCUGGGUCGUCUGCUCCGAGGUCUUCCCCGGUGCCGUUCGCAUGGUCACGACCAUGUUCGCCGCCGCCGCCAACUGGCUCUACAACUUCGCCAUUGCUCGCGCGACCCCCACCAUGUUCCUCAAGAUGGGUCACUCCGGAUGGGGCGUCUACCUCUUCUUCUGCAUCUGCCAGAUCAUCUCGGUCCCCUACAUCAUCUUCCUUUUGCCCGAGACCAAGCACGUUCCCCUCGAGGAGAUGGACCGCCUGUGGCAACUCUCCCCCUGGACCGCGAACCAAAAAGUCAUGUCCGAAUUGCGCCGCGAGCACGACGUCUCCGGCCAGGAAGGACCGGCUUACAUCCACCAAGACAAGAACCAAGGCUCGGACGAGCGCUUCGAGUCCUCUUCGGAGAAGAACACCGUCUAA